UCUCAGGUAGUCUUAUAGAAAGGGACUGUGAAUCACUCACGGGCUGCCUUACCUUAGAUGUGCGCCCGACUAUCUGCAGUACAGUACCUUAUUGAAGGAAGGAGCAGAGUUGCUUUGCUCCCUCAAAUGUUUCAACGCGAAUUCCUCGCUUCCUCCUUCCUGUGAUUACAAAAAGAAACUUGAUUCAUAUUCUUCUGAGAGGGUGCGCUUGAGGCUGAGACAAUCCAUCUCCAUCAACAUCCAUCUCAACUGCAUUCCAUUCUAUCUAUCACCAACUCACUUCUCUUCUCUUCUUGUUAUUCAUCACUUGGUGCAAGCAACUCUAACUCUUCACUCUCCCAUUUCCCCAGUUCUUCCACUUUCAACUACAUCAACAUGUCUCGAUAUUCAUCUGGCGUCAAGCCUGGAGAGAUACCUCCAAUUUAUGAUGAGAUAAUGCUGGCUCGUAAAGGUCAGGAAGUCCGUCACGCGAGCUCAACAAUGCCCUGGUGGAAUCCACGAUACUGGCGAAAGAGAGUUUGGGCUGCUAUUAUCAUAGUCAUCAUUAUUAUAGUGAUAAUAAUUGUUGCUGUCGCUGUGGGAAGAGCUAGGAAGAAUAUAUAUCCUGAUUACACAUCACUAUCCUACAGCUUGAAAGAUACAUAUGGAGGCGAAUCCUUCUUUGAUCAGUUCAACUAUUUCACAGGAUACGACCCCACCGAGGGCUUCGUCCAUUACGUUCCAAAAGAGCAAGCAGAGUCUCUUAAUCUCACAUAUGCUUCGCCCAGCACUGCCGUUAUCAGAGUCGACACUUCUGUCGGCCCCAACGACAAGCCUGAUGCAUCUACCGGUCGCUUCUCUGUUCGAAUCGAGUCCAAGAAGACAUACGAGAACGGUCUUUUCAUCUUUGACGUCAAGCAUACUCCCUAUGGCUGUGGCACAUGGCCAGCCCUUUGGCUCACUGACCCUUCAAACUGGCCGAAUCAUGGAGAAAUUGAUGUGAUGGAGUCGACAAACAAAGCCGAAGACGGGAAUCAGAUGACCCUGCACACUACCGGUGACUGCUCUAUGGAUGUACGCCGCAAAGACACAGGCAAGACACUGCAGAAGAACUGCAACCACGUAAAGGACGAUAAUGCAGGCUGUGGAGUUCUGUCAGAGCCUGCGGGAUACGGCACCGUCUUCAAUAAGAAUGGAGGAGGUGUAAUGGCAGUCGAAUGGAGGCAUGAAGGCAUCCGCAUGUGGCAGUUCGGCCGAGACUCUAUACCAUCAGAUAUUAAAGGAAACAGCCCGAAGCCCGACACUUGGGGCACUGCCGUGGCCGACUUCCCCAACACACACUGCAACAUUGGCACGCAUUUCAAGAACCAGAGUAUCAUUGCCAAUAUCGACCUGUGUGGUAGUCUCGUCUAUCACGUCUGGGACAAAUCUGGAUGUUCGGGCAACUGCACUGAUCUUGUCGCCAACCAUCCUGAAGCAUUCGAGAAUGCCUACUGGGAGUUUGGCACUUUCCAAGUAUACCAAGCAAGCUGAGUCUCAAUAAGUCCAAAGCAGACCGUGUGUUGUUUGCUCUUUUGAAAGCGCGGCGUUAAGAACAAAGGGGGUCUUCAGGUUGCAUUUAUGAGAUAGGCAGUCAUUGCAAACAUAAAU